CAGUCUCUCCCCUCUCGCAGCCGCUUCAUCACUGGUAAGGAGGAUUCAAACUUCCGCCAGUGUCAUGGCGGCGUGGUGGUGUUUCGGAUGAAAAAAAGAGCGAAUAACAGCCCGCCCCCCUCCUCACGGCCCCGGAGACGGACUUCGAGCGUUAUCGGGAGGCUAAAGGCAGAAAAAGGGGGCCGCUGGCCGAAGAGAGGGGUGAAAGUCGGCGGCUAUGGCGGCGCAUAAACCCGUGGAGUGGGUUCAGGCCGUUAUUACCAGAUUCGACGAGCAGCUGCCUGUAAAAGUUGGACAACAAAACACUCACACCAAAGUCAGCACAGAGCACAACAGGGAAUGUCUCAUAAACAUCUCCAAGUACAAGUUCUCGCUGGUCAUCAGUGGCCUCACCAACAUACUAAAGAAUGUGAACAAUAUGAGAAUAUUUGGAGAUGCCGCGGAGAAGAACCUCUAUCUUUCGCAGCUCAUCAUCCUGGACACGCUGGAGAAGUGCCUUGCGGGGCAACCCAAGGACUGUAUGCGCCUGGAUGAAACCAUGCUGGUGAAGCAGCUGCUGCCGGAGAUCUGUCACUUCAUCCACACGUACAGGGAAGGGAACCAGUACGCCGCCGAGCUGCGCAACUCUGCCUCCGGGGUGCUGUUUUCACUCAGCUGCAACAACUUUAACGCCGUCUUCAGCCGCAUCUCCACCAGGUUACAGGAACUGACAGUAUGUACGGAGGAUGCUGUGGAUGUUCACGACAUUGAGCUCAUCCGGUACAUCAAUGUGGACUGUUCCAAACUGAAAAGGCUCCUGCAAGAAACGGUAUUCAAAUUUAAAGCCCUAAAGAAGCCCGCUCAGUUGAGUGUGAUCUGCAGUUUGGAGAAAGCAUUCUGGAACUGGGUGGAGAACUACCCUGAUGAGUUCACUAUGUUGUACCAGAGACCCCAGACAGAUAUGGCUGACUGUGCAGAGAAGCUGUUUGACCUUGUAGACAGUUUUGCUGAGAGUGCGAAGAGGAAAGCAGCUGUCUGGCCGCUGCAGAUCAUCCUUCUCAUCCUCUGUCCUAACAUCAUACAAGACCUGUCGCGAGAGCCAGUGGAGGACACCAAGGUUAACAAGAAACUCUUCCUGGAGAAUCUGAGGAAAGCGCUGGCAGGCCAUGGGGGAAGCAAACAACUAACCGAGAGUGCCGCCAUCGCCUGCGUCAAGCUGUGCAAAGCCUCUACCUACAUCAACUGGGAGGACCAUUCUGUCAUCUUUCUUCUGGUGCAGUCCAUUGUUGUGGACCUGAAGGCUCUGUUAUUUAACCCGGCUAAGCCGUUCUCCCGGGGUGCAGGCAGCCAGAGCGCAGAUGUGGACCUGAUGAUCGACUGCUUCGUCUCCUGCUUCCGCAUCAACCCGCACAACAACCAGCACUUCAAGGUCUGCCUGGCAUCAUCUUCACCUCCCACCUUCCACUUCGUCUUGAUGAACUCCCUCCACAGAAUCAUCACUAAUUCUCCACUGGACUGGUGGCCCAAGAUCGACGCCGUAUACUGUUACUCUGGUGAGCUGCGAGCCAUGUUCACAGAGACGCUGGGUCGGAUCACACAGGGCUGCAGUACGCACACUCCACUGCGCAUGACUCCGAGUCUGACAUUAAGGGAGAAGAUGACCAGCCUAAAGUUCAAAGAGAAGACCACAGACCUGGACACCAGGAGUCACAAGUAUCUACUGCUGGCCUUGGUCAAGCUCAUCCAUGCUGACCCCAAACUAAUGCUACAUAACCCAGGGAAACAGGGUCAGGAGAGCACAACAGAGCUCAUCACAGGCUUGGUGCACCUGGUGCCUCUCGCCAACAUGGGCGACAUCUCCCAGGAGGCCAUGGAGGCUUUGCUGGUCCUGCACCAGCCAGAGACCAUUGAGCUGUGGAAUCCAGACACUCCUAUGGAGACUUUCUGGGAAAUCAGCUCCCAGGUCCUUUCCGUCAUCUGCAAGAAACUGUUUGGCCAUCAGUUGAUCAACAGCACAGAGAUCCUGAAGUGGUUGAGAGAGAUCCUCAUCUGCAGGAACAAAUUUCUUCUCCGUAAUAAAGAACGAGCGACCACAGGCAGUGUAACCUGCAAACAAGCCCAGGCCAAGCUGGAGGUUUGCCUUUACAUGUUCCUGUGGAGUCCGGACAUGGAGGCGGUGCUGGUGGCCAUGUCCUGCUUCCGUCACCUUUGUGAAGAGGCCGAUAUCCGGUGUGGUGUGGACGAGGUUCCCGUGCAGACCAUCCUCCCCAAUUAUAACACUUUCAUAGAGUUUGCCUCAGUCAGCAACAUGAUGGCUACAGGCCGCUCAGCCCUACAGAAGAGAGUAAUGGCUCUGCUGAGGAGGAUAGAACAUCCCACGCCUGGUAACACUGAGGCCUGGGAGGACACACAUGCAAAAUGGGAACAUGCCACCAAAUUAAUACUCAACCAUCCGAAAACAAAAUUAGAAGAUUGCCAGGAAUGGAUCAACAUGACCGGUUUCCUGUGUGCGCUGGGUGGGGUGUGUUUGCAGCAGAGGAAUACACCGGGCCUGGCCACCUACAGUCCACCAAUGGGCCCCCUAAGUGAGCGCAAGGGCUCCAUGAUCUCGAUGGGCUCGUGCGAGGGAAAUGCAGAGACCCCGCUCAGCAAGUUCCUGGACCGCCUGCUCUCACUCAUGGUGUGCAGCCACGAGAAGGGCGUGCAGAUCCGCAACAACGUUAAAGACCUGGUUGGCUUGGAGCUGAGCCCGGCCCUGUACCCCAUGCUCUUCAACAAGCUGAAGAACAGCAUCAGCCGAUUCUUCGAUGCUCAGGGGCCGGUGCCCAUCAAUGAGACCAACACUCAAUUUGUGGAGCAGACCAUUGCCAUAAUGAAAAACUUGUUAGAUAACCACACAGAAGGCAGCUCUGAGCAUCUUGGCCAGGCCAGCAUCGAGACCAUGAUGCUCAACCUAGUCAGAUAUGUGCGCAUCCUGGGGAACAUGGUUCACGCCAUCCAGAUCAAAACUAAACUGUGCCAACUGGUUGAGGUUAUGAUGGAGCGCAGAGACGACCUUUCCUUCUGUCAGGAGAUGAAGUUCAGGAAUAAAAUGGUGGAGUAUUUGACAGAUUGGGUGAUGGGAACCUCCAACCAGGCAACUGAUGAUGAUGUCAAGUGUCUUACCAGGGAUCUGGACCAGGCUAGUAUGGAAGCAGUAGUGUCUCUUCUGGCUGGGCUGCCUCUUCAACCGGAGGAAGGAGAUGGUGUGGAACUCAUGGAGGCCAAGUCCCAACUCUUCCUCAAGUACUUCACACUGUUCAUGAACCUGCUGAAUGACUGCAGUGAGGUGGAGGACGACGGGCAGCAGGUGGCUGGUAGGAAGCGAGGCAUGUCCAGACGCCUGGCCUCCUUGCGCCAUUGCACCGUGUUGGCCAUGUCCAACCUGCUGAAUGCCAACGUGGACAGCGGCCUCAUGCAUUCCAUUGGCCUGGGCUACCAUAAGGACCUGCAGACGCGGGCCACCUUCAUGGAGGUUCUGACCAAGAUCCUUCAGCAGGGCACAGAGUUCGACACGCUGGCGGAGACGGUGCUGGCCGACCGCUUCGAGAGGCUGGUUGAACUCGUCACGAUGAUGGGCGACCAGGGCGAGCUGCCUAUUGCCAUGGCUUUGGCCAACGUAGUGCCUUGUUCUCAGUGGGAUGAGCUGGCUCGGGUUCUCGUCACUCUCUUUGACUCGCGCCACCUCCUCUACCAGCUACUGUGGAACAUGUUUUCUAAGGAGGUGGAGCUGGCCGAUUCCAUGCAGACUCUCUUCCGAGGAAACAGCCUGGCCAGUAAAAUCAUGACCUUUUGCUUUAAGGUGUAUGGUGCUACCUAUCUGCAGAAACUACUUGAGCCCCUCCUCCGAGGUGUCAUCACAGCUCCUGAGUGGCAGAUGUUCAGUUUCGAAGUGGAUCCCACCAGGCUAGAGCCCAAUGAGGUCCUGGAGGAAAACCAACGAAACCUGCUCCAGAUGACAAACCGGUUCUUCCUGGCUAUCAUCAACUCCUCAAGCGAAUUCCCGCCACAGCUGAGGAGUGUGUGUCACUGCCUGUUCCAGGCUACUUGCCACUCUCUACUGAAUAAAGCCACAAUAAAAGAGAAAAAGGAAAGCAAAAAAUCCGUGGUGAGUCAGCGUUUUCCUCAGAACAGUAUAGGGGCCGUCGGCAGCGCCAUGUUCCUGCGCUUCAUCAAUCCAGCCAUCGUUUCCCCGUAUGAGGCCGGCAUCUUAGACAAGAAGCCUCCUCCUCGGAUAGAGCGAGGACUAAAACUCAUGUCCAAGAUCCUGCAAAGUAUAGCCAAUCAUGUGUUAUUCACAAAGGAGGAGCACAUGAGACCUUUUAACGACUUUGUGAAGAGCAACUUCGAUGCAGCCAGAAGAUUUUUCUUGGACAUAGCUUCCGACUGCCCGGCCAGUGACUCAGUCAACCACAGCCUGUCCUUCAUCAGUGACGGCAACGUGCUGGCACUGCACCGGCUGCUGUGGAACAACCAGGAGAAGAUCGGCCAGUACCUCUCCAGUAACAGGGACCAUAAAGCAGUGGGCCGGCGACCUUUUGACAAGAUGGCUACUCUCCUGGCUUAUCUGGGACCCCCUGAGCACAAACCUGUGGCUGAUGCACACUGGUCCAGCCUAAAUCUCACCAGUUCCAAGUUUGAGGAGUUCAUGACCAGGCACCAGGUUCACGAGAAAGAGGAGUUUAAAGCACUGAAAACCCUGAACAUCUUCUACCAGGCAGGAACCUCCAAGAACGGGAACCCCGUCUUCUACUAUGUCACUCGCAGGUUUAAGACAGGACAGAUAAACGGGGACCUGCUCAUCUACCACGUUCUGCUCACCCUCAAGCCCUACUACGCCAAACCCUACGAGAUAGUGGUGGACCUGACCCAUGCAGGCCCCAGCAACCGCUUCAAGACCGACUUCCUGUCCAAGUGGUUCGUAGUCUUCCCAGGUUUCGCCUACGAGAACGUAGCAGCCAUCUACAUCUACAACUGCAACACCUGGGUGCGGGAGUACACCAAGUACCACGAGAGGCUCCUGACCGGCCUGAAGGGCAGUAAGAAGCUUCUGUUCAUCGACUCUCCUGCCAAGCUGGCCGAGCACAUCGAGCCUGACCUGCAGAAACUUCCCGCAGCCACGCUCAGCUUGGAGGAAGACCUCAAAGUGUUCCAUAAUGCCCUCAAACUGGCACACAAGGACACCAAGGUGUCCAUCAAGGUGGGAUCCAAUGCGGUGCAGGUGACCUCGGCAGAGCGCACUCGAGUCCUGGGUCAGUCGGUCUUCCUCAACGACAUCUACUACGCCUCCGAGAUAGAAGAGAUCUGCCUGGUGGACGAGAACCAGUUCACGCUGACCAUCGCCAACCAGGGAACACCGCUCACCUUCAUGCACCAGGAGUGCGAAGCCAUCGUGCACUCAAUCAUCCACAUCCGCACACGCUGGGAGCUCUCCCAGCCCGACUCCAUUCCUCAGCACACCAAGAUCAGGCCCAAAGAUGUGCCUGGAACCCUGCUCAACAUAGCUCUGCUCAACCUCGGCAGCUCUGACCCCAGCCUUAGGUCAGCAGCCUAUAAUCUCCUGUGUGCCUUAACCUGCACCUUUAACUUGAAGAUCGAGGGCCAGCUCCUGGAGACCUCAGGCCUGUGCAUCCCAGCCAACAACACCCUUUUCAUAGUCUCCAUCAGUAAAACUCUGGCAGCCAACGAGCCCCACCUCACGCUGGAGUUUCUGGAGGAGUGCAUUUCCGGCUUCAGCAAGUCCAGUAUUGAGCUGAAGCACCUGUGUCUGGAGUACAUGACCCCCUGGCUCCUCAAUCUAGUCCGCUUCUGCAAGCACAACGACGAUGCCAAGCGCCAGCGGGUCACCGCCAUCCUGGACAAGCUCAUCACCAUGACCAUCAACGAGAAGCAGAUGUAUCCGUCCAUCCAGGCCAAGAUCUGGGGCAGCCUUGGCCAAAUCACAGACCUGCUAGAUGUGGUUUUGGACAGUUUCAUUAAGACCAGUGCAACAGGAGGACUGGGGUCCAUUAAGGCUGAGGUGAUGGCAGACACCGCUGUGGCCCUCGCCUCGGGCAAUGUCAAACUGGUGUCUAGCAAGGUCAUCAUCCGCAUGUGUAAGAUCAUCGACAAGACUUGUCUGUCACCCACGCCCACGCUGGAGCAGCACCUGAUGUGGGACGACAUCGCCAUCCUGGCCCGUUACAUGCUCAUGCUCUCCUUCAACAACUCGCUGGAUGUGGCGGCCCACCUGCCCUACCUCUUCCACGUGGUCACCCUGCUGGUUGCCACCGGGCCGCUGUCCCUCCGUGCCUCCACUCACGGCCUGGUCAUCAACAUCAUACACUCACUCUGCACAUGCUCACAACUCAACUUCAGUGAGGAGACCAAGCAAGUUUUAAGGCUGAGCCUGACCGAGUUCUCCCUGCCCAAGUUCUACCUGCUGUUUGGGAUCAGUAAAGUAAAAUCAGCCGCAGUUAUAGCGUUCCGCUCCAGCUACAGAGACCGCUCCUUCUCGCCCGGCUCGUACGAACGGGAGACCUUCGCCCUCUCCUCCCUGGAGACGGUCACUGAAGCCUUGCUGGAGAUCAUGGAAGCCUGCAUGAGGGACAUUCCCGGGUGUAAGUGGCUCGACCAGUGGACUGAACUGGCCCAGAAGUUCGCGUUCCAGUACAAUCCUUCCCUCCAGCCCAGGGCUUUAGUAGUGUUUGGCUGCAUCAGCAAGCGGGUGACCCACGGUCAAAUUAAGCAGAUCAUCCGCAUCCUCAGCAAAGCCAGCCCCCUGCUCAGCAUCGACCGGGGCCUGGAGAGCUGCUUAAAGGGGCCGGAGAAUUACAACAGCCAGGUUUUGAUCGAGGCUACGGUCAUCGCUCUCACAAAGCUGCAGCCCCUGCUGGCUAAGGACUCGCCAAUGCACAAAGCUGUGUUCUGGGUGGCUAUAGCGGUGCUGCAGCUGGAUGAGGUGAACUUGUACUCGGCUGGAACGGCCCUGCUGGAGCAGAACUUGCACACGCUGGACAGCAUGCAUGUCUUCAAUGACAAGAGUCCUGAGGAGGUGUUUAUGGAGAUUCGUAAGCCUUUGGAGUGGCACUGUAAACAGAUGGACCAUUUUGUAGGCCUCAACUUUAACUCCAACUUCAACUUUGCCCUUGUAGGGCAUCUGCUUAAAGGCUACAGACACCCCUCCCCGACCACUGUUGCACGGACAGUGCGCAUCCUGCACACGCUUCUCGGCCUGGUGGGCAAGCACCUCAGCUGUGACAAAUUUGAAGUCAACACUCAGAGCGUAGCUUACCUGGCUGCCCUGCUCACAGUGUCAGAAGAAGUACGCAGCCGCUGCAGCCUUAAACACAGGAAGUCCUUGCUCCUCUCUGAAGUCACCAUGGAGAAUGUUCCAAUGGACACAUACUCCGUGCACAACAAUGACCCCAGCUGCAGGACGUUGCGAGAGAACCAGCCAUGGACAUCUCCUAAAGUUUCAGAACGCUACCUGGUUGCCCACUACCCCAUUGUGGGGCAGAUCAGCCCACGGACAAGGAAGUCCAUGAGCUUGGAUAUGGGACAGCCGUCACAAGCCAACACGAAAAAGCUCUUGGGCACAAGAAAGAGCUUUGACCACUUGAUAUCAGACACUAAAGCACCAAAGAGGCCAGAGAUAGAGUCCGGCAUCACUACACCUCCCAAAAUGAGGAGGGUGGCUGAGAACGACUAUGAAAUAGAGACCCAAAGAAUGUCGCAGCACCACCACCUGCGCAAGGUGUCUGUCUCCGAGUCCAACGUGCUGCUGGAUGAGGAGGUUCUCACUGACCCAAAGAUCCAGGCUCUCCUUUUGACUGUGUUGGCCACACAGGUCAAGAACACAACGGAUGAGUUUGACCAGAGGAUCCUCUACGAGUUCUUAGCCGAGGCUAGCGUCGUCUUUCCAAAGGUCUUUCCAGUUGUACACAAUCUCCUGGACUCAAAGAUCAACACGCUGCUGUCAAUGUGCCAGGACCCAGACCUCCUGAACCCCGUCCACGGCAUCGUUCAGAGUGUGGUCUACCACGAAGAGUCGCCACCACAGUACCAGCCCUCCUACCUACAAAGUUUUGGAUUUAAUGGACUCUGGAGAUUUGCUGGUCCUUUUUCAAAGCAAACCCAGAUCCCAGACUACGCUGAGCUGAUCGUGAAGUUUCUGGACGCUCUGAUUGACACCUAUCUGCCUGGUAUCGAUGAGGAGGGCAGUGAGGAGGCCCUGCGGACGCCCACCUCUCCCUACCCCCCUCCCGUCCAGAGCCAGCUCAGCAUCACCGCCAACCUCAACCUCUCCAACUCUAUGACCUCACUGGCAACCUCUCAGCACUCCCCAGGUAUUGAUAAGGAGAACGUUGAGUUGUCGCCGACGACGGCUCUGUCCACCAGUGGCCGCACGCGCCACGGCUCGGCCAGCCAGGUCCAGAAGCAGCGCAGCGCCGGCAGCUUCAAGAGGCCCAGCAUCAAGAAGAUCGUAUGAAGACGGCGCUCGCUGGUGGCUCAACAGUGCCACGCCACACCAUGCUGCAUUUCUACUCCCACACUCCUUACUUCUGUCGUUCCUGAUCCUUUUUUUUUGUUUUUCCUUUUUCGUUUCUUUUUUACUUUUGUUUUCUGCCUCAUCUUCCUUUUCAGCCAUACUUGCCUGACGAUCAAUAAGGACAAGUUCUCUUGCGUUUGUGAAUCAGUCAGUGUUCAGUGUGCAGAGGGGACAGAGUCCAGCGUGACCUUUCGUGUCCAUAACGAACCUUCUGAACUUUUUAUUAAAAAAAAACACAGCUCUUUAUUUUUUACUCCGAAACAGAUGUUGGAAGAAAGCACUGAAUUCAUUUAUGAUUUUCCUUUGUCCUUUUUUUUUUUGUUAGAUUUUUCAGAUGUCUGCUUUGAGACGUUUUAUAAGCAUUAAUUUACUUUCUUUUUUUUAUUAAUCUAACAAAAGAAAGUACUAACCAAGUCACCUUUUUUUUUUUUUUUUUUCUCCUUCCCCCAACCAUUUUUUUUCCAGUUCUGUUGUUUAUGUAUUUACGUCUAGGUUUUGCAUUUGUUUUAGUUUUUUUGGUUCGUUUUAUUUCCGAGUACGUUGUGGUUGUGUUGUGUUGUAAGACUGAGAGACAAAGAUUAGGUAGUUUAUCGGGAACAAAUGUGUAGUUUUAAAUACAGUAGCUCAAUCAAAGUGGCAUAAGCUUGGGGUUAUAUAAAGCCCUAUAACACUGACACACACAGAUUACUGUAUAUGCACUAUUUUAAAGUUGUACGUGUUGCUUUUCUGUUAGUGUGCAUAUUUCCAGUUCUGAUGACACAUCACUGUUGUUCCAGAACAGAAUCAGCUGCAGUAUUGAUGCAGCCCCAUUAGAGCCUUUCCGGACGCAGCCUUUUCCUAUAGAUCGGGCCGUAGUGAUUUUGCUGCUGUGUUUGCAUCUGCAGAUGGUACUGAUUCCCCAGAGUGCUAUGGUACUGUCUCUUUACUUAAAAUAGCUUUAUAAUCCUGCCUUUUGAUUUUUGUACUGCCUUUUUCAGAAUUUAUUUUAGAACUUUAUGGUUAAAUCAAUAAAUCCACCAUUCAAUACCAGAUUUCAGUACGGGGAAAGUAAGGGAAUAGGAGACAAUAGGCAGUGCAAGCAGCUUAAAUAUGCUUGCUUUAUAACUUAAGCUGGUAAUGGGCAGACUAAAAUACAUUCCGUAUGCUUGUUAUUAAUGUUAUCAAUUACCUCACACUCAUUUUUUAUUUAAAACACACCCACUUUUGAUUAGUUAUUUAAAAGGAAGGUACUUAUAAAUGAAGUUCAGGUAUCAGGAUUUGGUAAACCUGCAUGCAAAACACAGCAAAUAUUUUGGGUGUGUCAGUUAUCAGGACUGGAAAGAAAGGACCUAAAGACUGAUAGUGAUACUGAAGUCUGAGCGAAGACGACAGCUUACCCACCACCAUAAAAAUCAGAAAGAUCAAAUAAUUUAGAUUGUAUCAGCAUUAAUGUGUUGCCGUGUUCUCAAUCAGAUGGUACUGAGCGGGUUCUGUGGUCCACUAGUGAUGAAUUGAAGCCCUGUAAAUGUUUACAGUGGAGCUAUACUUGAAUAAGGGAAGAGAUGUGUCUGUUCCGAAGUGUUCUCUCUUAGAAAGAAGACGAUUCUAAAGCUUUUCUGAUAGUUGUAGCUGAUUGUAGGAGUGAAGCGAUCCUGACCGUAGGAAACCAAAGUUUAGAAAGUGCAAUAUAGUCUAGGACAGUUCAGCAACAUGCUAGUUUGGACGAGUUUGACGUCCACUGUUUCUAAAACUGUUUUCAUCAUUCUUUUGGAAGAUUUGGCCAUAACAGCACAUACUUACUUUAGCGGGUGAGGUCCACCUUAGAACCCAAUGAGCAGCUGAUAAUUAGGUGUCUCAGCUGUGAACUUUUAGGGUGAAUAAAAAGCGCCAGGGAAUUAAACCAGCAACAUUCUGUUGUCAAGCCCACUUCUCUAACUUUUAGGGUAUUUGUUUUUAAGAAAACUUAAGGACAAAGAGGUAAAUGCGUACGCAUUCAGAUCUUGUCUGUUUGGAAGGUGUGGACAUGGCUGAAGCAGGGCAGAGGCUGGAUGGAUUGAAAUCCAUUGGGAAUCCAGAGUGACUUUAUGCUUGUUUUGCUUGCUUUGUGCAACACUAACCUGAUAAACUAGAAGACACAAUGUGCCAAACUGUACCAGUUGGAAACAAAUAGUCCACAACGGCUUCCAUCUUGGAUUUUCAUCCAUUGUCUGCUUGGGUCUGACUGUGUCUGCCCAUCCACGUCAGAAUUCGUCGCAGCAAAAGUGUGUUUUAGUUUGAGUUUUGUUUUUUUUGCUCCCAGGUACAUUUCUAGUCCAGCAUAGUUGAUGCAGGGUCCUAACAGAAAUACACUGUGUGACUAGUUCUUCAAUCCUGGUUCAGAUGCUCACUGCCCAGCACAUAUUGGAGGCUUGACUGCUUUAACAUGCCUACUACAAUGUGGAAAGUAGAACCCUACUGUAUGUGUGUAUCAAAGGAAUAGUUACAAAAUUAAUGCAGUUGUGAGCAGAGCCUAGAAAGAUCAUCAACUUCACCUGGUGACAGUAAUGGAGUCUUUCUGAGAAAGACCUCAGAGCCAUAAGUCAAAGUAUAGGCUGAAUUUACUCUCCCGCUACCCCUACAACCUGUCAGUCAAGGGAAUUGAACUGAUAACCUGCUUUAGCUGUGAGGUCUGUUGACUUCUCUGUUGGUGGGUGUGUGGACCAAGAAAUGCCUUGGAAAAAGGGAGAUAGAUUUAUUUUUUAUUUUUAAAGUCAGGCUUCAAACUUAGUUCUUUUAAAAUGUAGCUGUGCCACUCUUUCCAAUAGGUACGUAUUGAUGGAAGUUGUCAGCCCAGAUCAGCAUUAAUGAAUUAAUGGGAUAUUAAAUUAUAUAUUACACAAUACACCAUUUUAGCCCAGUCAGCUAGGAUCAAACUGGUCAAACUGAAACAGCUGCUUAAUAUUAUAUAUUUUUAAGCUACAAUCUGGCAGUUGUUAACUAAUUUUCAGGAUUUUCUGAAAUCACGUAAACACCUUCCUUAAAUGCUAGAGCACAUACAGUGUCUGUCAUUCUGGCCUGUAAAAGGAAUUAAAGCCUUUUUUUUUUCCUAUAAGAAAGGUGGUGAGUCUAAUGGGACGGCAUUCUGAGACAGAGAUUUGGACGAGAUUUUGGAUUUAUUGAAUGAAAUUAGGGCGAAUAAAUUUUUGUGCAUGCAUUCACUUUUUUGUUCUUUUAUUUUUUAUAUUGUUCAGAUUUUACUAAUCCACAGUCCACAGUGAGGUAAACGCUGUUCUUCAUUACUUGGCCUUAUAAUCCUUGUACCUUAAUUUAUAUUUAUAUAUAUAUAGAAUUAUUAUUUUUUCCGUACAACUGUAUUCACAUCAGGGCCAAUUUAUGUUCACGAAGCUUUAACGUCAGGGUUCGAUCCAGUGCUAAACUUGGCUACAGGAAUAAUCAGUGGAGAGGGUGGCUGGAUGCCAAGCCUUAGCUUGACCAUCAAGAAGUUUGUGAAGUGUCUUCAUGGGAUCAUUUAAAGGUUGUGUGUAUGUGUUGCGCGUGUGUGCGUGCGAGUGUGUGUGCGCGUUUAGGCACAAGACUUUCACUACACCCCAUUUUAAAUUCUCAUCCGCCGAGGUUAUGCAAAACUGAGAUUUCUGAAAAUUUGUCCUUUUGUUUGUUUCGUUUUUUUCCCCUCAUUUUUUACGCGGUCAGCUUCACAUCUGUAAAUAAUUUUGUGUAAAAAAAAAUAUUGAAAGGUAUAUUUACUACACUGUAAAUACAUGUGAUGAUAUAUUGUAUUAUUUUGCUUUUUGUAAAGCAGUUAAUUUCUGUACAUGUACAACAAAACCUGAAUUCUUGUUGUGUUGGUAACGAAGCCAUCCAUCAUGUUCACUGCAUUACGUCGUUCUAUGUGGAGGAGAAGCGAGUGGUUUCGAAACCGAAGAUCUAGACAACCGUGUACCCUAAACCCUGUUGUAUAAUAAAUUACUGUUGCCAUCUGAUUUCACAUUUACACACAUUACACUAAUAAAGUCAAAUCUGUCUA